CCGUCUGUCUCUCUGUGUUCGAAAAUGGCACCGGCGGCUGCUCUAUGGGACCCUUCCUCCUCCUCCAAGACAGUUUGUGUUAUGGAUGCAGGAGGCCGCCUAGGCUCAGCCCUACUCCACCGCCUUUUGCACGCAGGCUACACCGUCCACGCCGCCCUCCACAACCCUGAAGAAUUAGUGCAGUGCUACAAGAGUAGUGAGAAGAAGCAGCUGAAGCUGAGAGUGUUCCAGGCCGACCCACUUGACUAUCACAGCAUAAUGGACGCACUCAAGGGUUGCUCUGCCUUGUUUUACUCCUUCGAGCUCCCAUCCGACCACCCCACCUAUGAUGAAUUGAUGGGUGAACUGGAAGUAAGAGCAGCACAUAAUGUGUUGGAAGCGUGUGCACAGACGGAGACCAUUGACAAGGUGAUCUUUACAUCGUCGGCCACGGCUAUCAUCUGGAGGGAUAGCCAGCCUGAUGCCCUCUCAUCGCCGUCCCAUGUUGAUGAAAGAAACUGGAGCGAUGCUAACUUUUGUAAAAAGUUUAAGUUAUGGCAUGGAGCAUCAAAGACGGUGGCGGAGAAGACAGCCUGGGCAUUGGCAAUGGACAGAGGGGUGAACAUGGUGUCCAUAAAUGGAGGGCUGUUGAUGAGUCCGGAUCUGAGCAUUAAAGACCCCUACCUGUUGGGGGCUGCCGAAAUGUAUAGAGAUGGUGUGCUUGUGACGGUAGACCUCAAAUUCUUGGUGGACGCUCACAUUUGUGUGUUCGAGGACCCCUCUUCCUAUGGUCGAUACCUAUGCUUUAAUCGCACCAUCAAUUCCACCAAAGACGUCCUCAAGCUGGCAACAAGCCUCUUGCCAUCCUCGUCAUCACCCCACUCACACCCACAAAUGAGCAGCAGCAUGGAAAGCGAUAACAGAGUUUACCAGCAAAGAAUCAGCAAUGAUAAGUUGAGCAAGCUUAUGGUACAUUUUCAGAGUGGAGUCCAAGUGGAGUGGGAAGCAGAGUCUCCACCUCCGCAAGUGCUGCUCAACCAUUGAUUGUGUCCUGUCCCACAUGAUGCACUCCACAUGCAAUGCAUCUUGACUGGAAACGAAUACUCCCCACUCCCUCUUCUUUUAGUAGAGAAAUAUGUGGAUGUAAUAUGCCAUGCCUCAUUCUUUGAACCAAGCAAUUAGUGUAGAAUAAUUUAUGCCUUAGGAUUAUUCUUUACAAUGAACUCAACCCACACUGCUCCAACCCUGAGCCCGAGGGGAUGUAUUUUGUUGUUCUAAACUACAUUACAUUCUUUAAUGUGC